AUGUGGAUGAACGACAACAACUCCCAGAAUGCACUUGCUUUGCUGCCCUUACGAGGCCACUCCCAAAGCACGCCCACAAGUUACAGGCGGCAGAAUCAGAAAGAUCGGCUAGACUUGCUGUGUUACAUCUUGACUCGUGAAUCUCGUAAAUCGUGUGUUAGUAAAUUCAUUUCCAUCGAAAUGGUGCUAAAUUGUGUUGUACAGGGAUGUACAACCAAAUCCAGGAAAGGACUAGAAGUAAGUUUCCAUCAUUUCCCGAUUAAAGAUUUGGAGCGAUGUAAGAAGUGGCUGCGGGCUAUCAACCACCCGAAGUUUGGAGAGGACACAGAUAUGGGAAACCUGAAAACGCGUAGAAUUUGCAGUCGCCAUUUCAAGGAGGAAGAUUACGAACCGAAUGUUCUUGGCAUGAAGAGAACCACUCUGAAAGACACGGCAAUUCCAUCUAUUUUUACCUUCCCGGAUGACGAACAGCCUGGGCCAUCGGGCAUUAAACGCAUUCGCUUAGAGCCUCCAAUUGCGUCUGCUGGGUUAGUGUCGUCGGAUGAUGAAGGAAAAUUGCUGCUGACCUCAACACCGGUCAAAAUUCCUACCUCCGUCCAUGAACAAUUUUCACCAUGCCCAAGUACACCUGGGGGCCUCAAUACCACCAUCAGCAGCAUUGAAGCUGUAGGUGAAAAUGAUGAAAGCUAUCAACCAGAGUCAACCAUCACCUUCACAUCAACAUCAUCAUCAUCAUCAUCAGAUGAAGGUGAAAAGGACUGGCAUAAAAAGAAGCUAAUUGUCAAAGGGUCCAGCCUCAUGUCACUCUCCAAAUUUUGCCAGAUGUGCAGGAAACCAAUUUCGUCAAAGAUGUUGACGUUGUUGCACAGAGGAAGAUGGAUUGGACUUGUCUUGGGGGGCCAUGAUGGAACCUGGAAAUCUUCACCUGAAGUUAGGGGAAUGCCAGAGGUGAACCUUCUUGCAGCAGAAGCUGUUCUGUUCAGAGGGGGGACAUACACCGAACUCUCAGGGUGUUUUCACAUAUAG